CUGUGGUUUCCUAGGAAGUAGUGCGACCGUAUUCAAUCGUAGUCACUCAGUAGUCAGUACUCACUCGAGAGUAGUAGAUCGUGCACUGGUGAAAAAUGGACGAUUUGGACAUAGCAUUAUCAGUAUGUUUGGAUGAUGAAAAGUCAUCAGAAGACGUCAACAAUCGUUUGGAGGAGAGUAUCAUGUUCAAAAAUCGUGAAACUGAGGGUGCAUUUCAAAUUUUAGUGCGUCGCCAUCUGCAGUGUAAUGACGAAAAAUUUAGGCAAUACUUUUUGACAAAAUCAAUUAAUUGUUCGUCAUUUUCGCCCGCCCACAUCACGUUUCCACUCAUUGUUUUAAGUGUAUAUGCACACCGCUACACGCGAAAACGUAGAACAACUGUUUAUCACCGCUAUGACGGCCGUCAUGCAACUGACAGCACCGCUAUUUGACGUUACGGUGACACUCAACGUACUCUAGGAAACCUACUCCGAUGUUAUUUAUAGAAAACGUAUGGUAGACGUCACCCAACGCUAUAUUACGGCCGCUAG